AUGUCGAGAUCCUUCACAGGCUGCAAGAGAUGUAAAUCCCGUCGACAGAAAUGUGACGAGCAACGACCGAAUUGUGGCCGGUGCCAGACAGCAGGCGAGCAGUGCCAAUAUGCAAUGCAACUGCAGUGGGGAGGGCGGGCAUUCUCGCGAUCGCGAUUCGGUGCCUGCGUCGGAGGCACGGGAGGCAUGCAAAGACUAGAAUAUUCACCUGGAGAGUUCAUCUACACUACCAAGACCAAGGCUGCACAGUCGGGGUCAGAACUGACUCUAUCGCAACCCGUCGAUCCUUUUUCCUCCUUGUCCUCCGAUCAAAAGGCCCUGCUACACCACUUUAUAAACGAUGCCUCUCAGAUUACCGCAUGUCAUUCAGGCAUGCAGCAGGAUAUAUGUCGCAUGCUAGUCCCCAUGGCCCUUCAGACUCCGUCGCUGCUCUACGCCACCACUGCCCUCUCCGCGAUCCAUAUCCAAGCCCUACACAAUCAGUCGGACUCUGUAAAAUCAGCCCCAGAUAUUGCCCGGCUGAUGGCUCUAAGCCUUGAGCAUUUUCGCACAGAAUUGCAAAACCCCUCGUCGAAGGAUUCGGAGGCGCUGGUGGCGACAGCCCGGACAUUAUGUCUCGCGGAGAUCCAUUCGGGAGCCAUCAACCCCAACUCAUGGAGGGCGCAUAUCGACGGAGCGAGAGCAUUGAUGAAGGCUUCAGAUGCAGCCGGCGAAGACUCGCUGCGGUCUGCAAGCGGGUUCCGCCGGUAUCUCGAUCGCUGGUAUUGGUCGAUUGUGUCUCUCACAGCAUUAACCGGGAAUGGCCCCCCGAUUGGAGAGACAUCAGACUUCGUUUCUUCGGAUCUGAUGGGCAUGGGCGAGUCUCCGGAUUUUCUGGACGACUAUUGGGGCUUCAGUGUUGAUCUUGCGGCUGUUUUCCGGCAGAUUGGGGCUGUCGCUUGGCGCAACCAUGAAGCUGAAAAGGCUACUGGAGGCUUCGUGGCGGGAGAACUUGAAAGUAAUGUCGAUGAAGAUGCCGAAGCUCUGGAAUUUGCAAUCCGGAGGUUAAUGAAUCGUGACUCUACCCCCCAGCCCUCAUUCUACCCUGGAGCAGCGGAGAGUUUAUCAGCGGAGAGUGCGCAACAGCUCUUACUUUGCAAUGAGGCUUUCCAGCACAGUGCGCUCAUUCAAAUACAUCGGCGUCUGCGAAAAACGCCAACUACCUCGCCGGAGGUACAACAGUCGGUGAAGCGUAUUUUAGAAUGCACCGCACAAAUCGGCCCAUCAUCCGGCCUCACACCUUGGGUGAUAUUAACGACGCCGAUCUUCAUUGCCGGCUGCGAAGCUCGCGAUCAAGAUAGAGAUACCGUCAGGCAACUGCUUUCAUCAUUGCAUGACACCAUUCAUAUCCCGAACGUUUUACAGUCACUCAAAUUUCUCGAGCAGUAUUGGUCAAAUCAGCUCAGCGAGGAAGAAGAUUGGAGUCAUUUCCUUGACCGAAUGCAAUUCGAUUUCAUUCCUUACUAG